CGUACGAGUUUAAAUUCAAAAUGCAAUAUUACGAAUGACAGCUAGCUGCUAUGAAACUCGCCAGGGUGGUGUGCCACUAUCGAAAGUUAAUGGCGCAAUCGUUUAUAUUCGAUAACUCUUGGCGAGUCGCCAUCUUGGAAUGUGCGAAGAAGAAGAAGCGAACAAAAAGCAAGCGAAAAAUCUUUAAGCGUAUUUAUUUAAAUGUAUAAAUUGCAUAAAUCAUCAAAUUUAAGAACAAGCACACAUAUUUAAUGCUCUACUCAUCAAUAUAAAAGAAAUCCCAGCACAGCUGCCACGUUGCGUUUGCCCAAAAAGGCUAAGCCAAAAAAAAAUCGAAAUCUCCGACGGCCCGAAGGUAUCACACACAACACUCACACACACACACACACACAGGCCAUACAUCAGUGCAUGCAAAAAGAGGCAGAAGAACCAAAGCCAGGCAGAGAGUGUUUUCCCACACGUUUCAGUGAAGCUACUUGGAUCUAAGACGCCGUUGUCGACUUCUGGCCAGGCAGAAGCACCACACAAGCGGAGAUUGUGUUGCGGCCAGGUGAUAUAACUAAACAAUCGCGACAGCUUGCAACGGACUAUGUCUAACUAUUUGCGCCAGCAGAAACCACAAGAGCACACAUAGCCAUGGCUGCGACGAGAAAAUUGCAAGGUGAAAUUGAUCGAUGUUUAAAAAAGGUAGGCGAGGGCGUGGAAACGUUUGAGGAUAUAUGGAAAAAGGUACACAAUGCAACAAAUACCAACCAGAAGCAAAAGCACCUGCAGGAAAAGUAUGAGGCAGAUCUUAAAAAGGAAAUUAAGAAGCUGCAGCGAUUACGUGAUCAAAUCAAAUCAUGGAUUGCAUCCGCCGAGAUCAAAGAUAAAAGCGCGCUGCUCGAGAACCGAAGGCUUAUUGAAACGCAAAUGGAACGCUUCAAGGUUGUGGAGCGUGAGACAAAAACAAAAGCCUAUUCCAAGGAGGGGCUGGGCGCCGCACAAAAAAUGGAUCCAGCGCAACGGAUCAAAGAUCAUGCGCGUAAUUGGUUAACCGGCUCAAUUAGUACACUGCAAAUUCAAAUAGAUCAGUAUGAGAGCGAAAUUGAAUCCCUGUUAGCGGGCAAAAAGAAACGUGUGGAUCGUGACAAACAGGAGCGCAUGGAUGACUUGCGGAGUAAGCUAGAUCGUCAUAAAUUUCAUAUAACCAAGCUGGAAACCCUGCUGCGACUGCUGGACAACGAUGGUGUCGAAGCGGAUCAGGUGAACAAAAUCAAGGAUGAUGUCGAAUACUAUAUUGAUUCAUCGCAAGAGCCGGACUUUGAGGAAAACGAGUUCAUCUAUGACGACAUUAUCGGUCUAGACGAGGUAGAGCUGAGCGGAACGGCCACAACGGACAGCAACAACAGCAACGAAACCAGCGGCUCGCCCAGCAGCGUUACCUCCGGCGGCAGUCCAUCCCAAUCGCCAGUUACAGUGCAGCAGGUGUUGCCAUCCUCCUCCACACAACCGCAAUCAGCAAUGGCAGGCAGCAGCAGUUCAGGCGGUGGCACCAGCGCCGCAAGUGCUGCCCAAUUUCAGCAUUUGCAGGCUGCAGCCGCAGCGGCAGCAGCAGCCGCCGCUCAACAAUCGAAUGGCAACAAUGUGGGCUAUGCGAGCGACACCAGCGCAGCUUCAUCCUCAGCGACAACGUCCACCGAGGCGACAACAGGUGGCGAGAAGCGCAACAAAAGCAGCGAAAGCAAUGCUAACAGCAGCAAAGCGAAGCAGCAACCUCAACAGCCGAUCAAGCCGACGCCAGUGCGUGCCACAGCAAAAGCACCCGCGGGUAGUGAUACUCAAGUCAAUAAGAUUAUCAGCUCAACGCCCAGCAAAAACCAGCAGCAGCAGCUACCCACGGUCGCUUCCGUUUUGGCGUCUAGCGGGACACAGAACAGCAGCAGCAGCAGUAGCAGCAGCAGCAAUGUCGCUGCUAGUGGUCACAAUCCUGCCGUGCAGCCACAUGCCCCAACGCCUGGUCUGAGUGCAGUUAAUGUUGCCGUCUCCGCUGGCACAGCGGCAACAGCAGCAGCAGCAGCUGCCGCUGCGGCAUCAGCGAGCAACAGCACCAACAACAUUCAAGGCCAAUCUGUGAUUCAAGCGACACCAACUAUUGCAUUUGCAGCGGUGGCUAAACACAACACAUCACUACUGGAAAAUGGACCUGUGCUGCAGCAACAGCAGGCAACAGCGCCCACGGUGGCCGCCAUUGUGAGUGCCAGCGCACAGGCACAACAGCAACAACAGCAGCAACAGGCGGCGCAAUUAUCCAAUCUUCAAACGAAUUCCUCACACAUGCAAAACGGUCUGCCCGUCUCACUCAGCAGUAGCAGCAGUGGCAGUAGCAACAGCAGCACCAAUAACAACAGCAAUGCUGUCGAUGCGAUUUCAUUGAAAACCAUGGCACAGGAAGCCAUUAAUCGAUCUGUGAUCGAGCCAAAUUCCCUGAAUCAGCAGCAGGCAAGUAAUAUAGACACGAGACAGCAGCAGCAGCAACAACAGCAGCAACAACAACAACAACCGCAGCAGCAGCAAGCAGCGCCGCAAUCGCUGCUGCAACAGCAUUUCAGUACUGAAACAACUGCCAACCAACAACAACAACAACAGCAGCAGCAACAGCAGCAGCAGCUUCAACAGCAACAACAACAAGCGACAGCGGCAGCAGCAGCGCACAAUGGUCCCACAGCGGGCAGUGGACUCAUGAAUCUGGCGAAUGCUGCUGGUCAGCCGUCAACCGGCAAUGGUGGUGUUGUUGUCGCAGCCAAUGCCAAGACGCAUACAGCACAGCAACAACAGCAACAACAGCAGCAACAGCAGCAACAACAACAGCAGCAGCAACAACAGCAAAUUGCAACAACGGAGGCGCACAUACCACCGCUGCUGGGCGUAACACCGUUGGGUCCAACGCCGCUGCAAAAGGAGCAUCAGCUGCAGUUCCAAAUGAUGGAAGCCGCAUAUUAUCACCUGCCACAGCCGAUUGACACUGAGAAGCUACAAACAUAUUUUCAUCGCUCACCGGUGCAAACGCCAGCGCACUAUCCCCAGGCACAGCUGCCCAUAUACGAUACCGUUGAAUUCUAUCAGCGACUCUCUACGGAGACGCUCUUCUUUGUAUUCUACUACAUGGAGGGCUCCAAGGCGCAAUAUCUCGCCGCCAAGGCGCUCAAAAAGCAAAGCUGGCGCUUCCACACCAAAUACAUGAUGUGGUUUCAGAGGCACGAGGAGCCUAAAAUUAUAAACGAUGAUUACGAACAGGGUACGUACAUCUACUUCGAUUAUGAGAAAUGGAGUCAGCGCAAAAAGGAGGGCUUCACCUUUGAAUACAAGUACUUAGAAGACAAGGAGCUGAAUUGAAGGAUGCGUUGUUGUGAUGCGGAUGCGAAUGCGGAUGCGGAUGCGAAUGCGUCGGCUGUUUAAGAGAAAACCAAUCCAUUACUACAAUAAUGAAUCAAUAGAAUACAAUAUUCACGCAUACCAGGAGAACACACACACACACACACACGCCCACACACACACACACAUACACACACUCAUUCAACAAAAUCGCACACAUACAAUCACUCUCGCACACACACACACACACAACUGCAACAUAAAUCCAUAAACUAAAGAAAAGAUCAUGUGUAAGAAGCGAUAAAGCAGCAAGCCGUAAGCAUAAGUGAAAAGGAGAAAAACAAUGAAGUAUGUUACUGAUACUUGUUCGGAAAAUCCAUGUAAAAACAUAUGCUUUUUUAUAUAAAUGUUUUAUUGUUUAUUAUUUUUUUUUUUUAAGAUUUACUUCCAACACAAU